AUGGGACACCAGGACAGCUAUGGGACACCAGGACAGCUAUGGGACACCAGGACAGCUAUGGGACACCAGGACAGCUAUGGGACACCAGGAGAGCUAUGGGACACCAGGACAGCUAUGGGACACCAGGAGAGCUAUGGGACACCAGGACAGCUAUGGGACACCAGGAGAGCUAUGGGACACCAGGACAGCUAUGGGACACCAGGACAGCUAUGGGACACCAGGACAGCUAUGGGACACCAGGACAGCUAUGGGACACCAGGAGAGCUAUGGGACACCAGGAGAGCUAUGGGACACCAGGACAGCUAUGGGACACCAGGAGAGCUAUGGGACACCAGGACAGCUAUGGGACACCAGGAGAGCUAUGGGACACCAGGACGGCUAUGGGACACCAGGACGGCUAUGGGACACCAGGACAGCUAUGGGACACCAGGACAGCUAUGGGACACCAGGACAGCUAUGGGACACCAGGACAGCUAUGGGACACCAGGACAGCUAUGGGACACCAGGACAGCUAUGGGACACCAGGAGAGCUAUGGGACACCAGGAGAGCUAUGGGACACCAGGACAGCUAUGGGACACCAGGAGAGCUACGGGACACCAGGACAGCUAUGGGACACCAGGAGAGCUAUGGGACACCAGGACGGCUAUGGGACACCAGGACGGCUAUGGGACACCAGGACAGCUAUGGGACACCAGGACAGCUAUGGGACACCAGGAGAGCUAUGGGACACCAAGACGGCUAUGGGACACCAGGACGGCUAUGGGACACCAGGACGGCUAUGGGACACCAGGACAGCUAUGGGACACCAGGACAGCUAUGGGACACCAGGAGAGCUAUGGGACACCAGGACGGCUAUGGGACACCAGGACAGCUAUGGGACACCAGGACAGCUAUGGGACACCAGGAGAGCUAUGGGACACCAGGACAGCUAUGGGACACCAGGAGAGCUAUGGGACACCAGGACAGCUAUGGGACACCAGGACAGCUAUGGGACACCAGGAGAGCUAUGGGACACCAGGACAGCUAUGGGACACCAGGACAGCUAUGGGACACCAGGACGGCUAUGGGACACCAGGAGAGCUAUGGGACACCAGGACAGCUAUGGGACACCAGGACAGCAGCUAUGGGACACCAGGACAGCUAUGGGACACCAGGACGGCUAUGGGACACCAGGACGGCUAUGGGACACCAGGACGGCUAUGGGACACCAAGACGGCUAUGGGACACCAGGACGGCUAUGGGACACCAGGACGGCUAUGGGACACCAGGACAGCUAUGGGACACCAGGAGAGCUAUGGGACACCAGGACAGCUAUGGGACACCAGGACGGCUAUGGGACACCAGGACGGCUAUGGGACACCAGGACGGCUAUGGGACACCAGGACGGCUAUGGGACACCAGGACGGCUAUGGGACACCAGGACGGCUAUGGGACACCAGGACGGCUAUGGGACACCAGGACGGCUAUGGGACACCAGGACAGCUAUGGGACACCAGGACAGCUAUGGGACACCAGGACAGCUAUGGGACACCAGGACAGCUAUGGGACACCAGGACAGCUAUGGGACACCAGGACAGCUAUGGGACACCAGGACGGCUAUGGGACACCAGGACGGCUAUGGGACACCAGGACAGCUAUGGGACACCAGGACAGCUAUGGGACACCAGGACAGCUAUGGGACACCAGGAGAGCUAUGGGACACCAGGACAGCUAUGGGACACCAGGACGGCUAUGGGACACCAGGACGGCUAUGGGACACCAGGACGGCUAUGGGACACCAGGACAGCUAUGGGACACCAGGAGAGCUAUGGGACACCAGGACAGCUAUGGGACACCAGGACUGCUAUGGGACACCAGGACGGCUAUGGGACACCAGGACGGCUAUGGGACACCAGGACGGCUAUGGGACACCAGGACAGCUAUGGGACACCAGGACGGCUAUGGGACACCAGGACGGCUAUGGGACACCAGGACAGCUAUGGGACACCAGGACGGCUAUGGGACACCAGGACGGCUAUGGGACACCAGGACGGCUAUGGGACACCAGGACAGCUAUGGGACACCAGGACAGCUAUGGGACACCAGGACGGCUAUGGGACACCAGGACGGCUAUGGGACACCAGGACAGCUAUGGGACACCAGGACAGCUAUGGGACACCAGGAGAGCUAUGGGACACCAGGACGGCUAUGGGACACCAGGACGGCUAUGGGACACCAGGACAGCUAUGGGACACCAGGACAGCUAUGGGACACCAGGAGAGCUAUGGGACACCAAGACGGCUAUGGGACACCAGGACGGCUAUGGGACACCAGGACGGCUAUGGGACACCAGGACGGCUAUGGGACACCAGGACAGCUAUGGGACACCAGGAGAGCUAUGGGACACCAGGACGGCUAUGGGACACCAGGACAGCUAUGGGACACCAGGACAGCUAUGGGACACCAGGAGAGCUAUGGGACACCAGGACAGCUAUGGGACACCAGGACAGCUAUGGGACACCAGGAGAGCUAUGGGACACCAGGACAGCUAUGGGACACCAGGAGAGCUAUGGGACACCAGGAGAGCUAUGGGACACCAGGACGGCUAUGGGACACCAGGACGGCUAUGGGACACCAGGACAGCUAUGGGACACCAGGACAGCUAUGGGACACCAGGAGAGCUAUGGGACACCAAGACGGCUAUGGGACACCAGGACGGCUAUGGGACACCAGGACGGCUAUGGGACACCAGGACGGCUAUGGGACACCAGGACAGCUAUGGGACACCAGGAGAGCUAUGGGACACCAGGACAGCUAUGGGACACCAGGACGGCUAUGGGACACCAGGACGGCUAUGGGACACCAGGACAGCUAUGGGACACCAGGACAGCUAUGGGACACCAGGAGAGCUAUGGGACACCAGGACGGCUAUGGGACACCAGGACGGCUAUGGGACACCAGGACAGCUAUGGGACACCAGGACAGCUAUGGGACACCAGGAGAGCUAUGGGACACCAAGACGGCUAUGGGACACCAGGACGGCUAUGGGACACCAGGACGGCUAUGGGACACCAGGACGGCUAUGGGACACCAGGACAGCUAUGGGACACCAGGAGAGCUAUGGGACACCAGGACGGCUAUGGGACACCAGGACAGCUAUGGGACACCAGGACAGCUAUGGGACACCAGGAGAGCUAUGGGACACCAGGACAGCUAUGGGACACCAGGACAGCUAUGGGACACCAGGAGAGCUAUGGGACACCAGGACAGCUAUGGGACACCAGGAGAGCUAUGGGACACCAGGACAGCUAUGGGACACCAGGACAGCUAUGGGACACCAGGACGGCUAUGGGACACCAGGAGAGCUAUGGGACACCCGGACAGCUAUGGGACACCAGGACAGCUAUGGGACACCAGGACAGCUAUGGGACACCAGGACGGCUAUGGGACACCAGGACGGCUAUGGGACACCAGGACGGCUAUGGGACACCAGGACGGCUAUGGGACACCAAGACGGCUAUGGGACACCAGGACAGCUAUGGGACACCAGGACAGCUAUGGGACACCAGGACAGCUGA